CGUGGCGGCGAUUUAUCAUAUAAGUUAGGUUAUAAUAUCGUAUGCAUCAAAAUCAUACAAUUAUUUAUAAGCUAGUUUUUUAAGGAAAAAACACUUAAAUUUAGUGAAUUUGCAGUGCGAAAUCUUUAAAAAACCACAGACGAACACUUGGCACAAACGAAAGUUACGUGUGAACGUCGUGGCUUUUGUUUAAUUGUUUUGAAGGAAAAGAACUUUGGCAACGUUGAAACCAACCUAAGAUACAGAAACCGUGUACAAUUUUAAAAAGUGCUCCCCCCAAAAAGCUACCAACACAAGUUAAUUUCUUUGCACCCGGUGUUAAUAAAAAAGCGGCAAGAUUACGUCAAUUAUUGAGAACCUACCCGGCGCCAUAGCUCACAACCACAACCAAAACAACAUCAUGGAAGAGGACGAAAGGGGUAAAUUGUUUGUGGGCGGCCUGUCCUGGGAGACGACGCAGGAGAAUCUGUCGCGCUACUUCUGCCGCUUCGGAGACAUCAUUGACUGCGUAGUGAUGAAGAACAACGAGAGCGGCAGGUCGCGAGGCUUUGGGUUCGUGACCUUUGCCGAUCCCACCAACGUCAACCACGUGCUGCAGAACGGACCGCACACGCUCGACGGCAGAACCAUCGACCCUAAGCCGUGCAAUCCGCGCACGCUGCAGAAACCGAAGAAGGGUGGCGGCUACAAGGUGUUCCUGGGCGGCCUGCCCUCGAACGUCACCGAAACUGAUCUGCGCACCUUCUUUGGACGCUACGGCAAGGUCACUGAGGUGGUUAUCAUGUACGAUCAGGAGAAGAAGAAAUCACGCGGCUUCGGUUUCCUCUCCUUUGAGGAAGAGUCCUCCGUUGAGCACGUCACCAACCUGGCUAAUGUGCCGCCGAAGAAGAGCGCGUGA